AUGACUUCUCCUCCAUCGUCAAAUGGGAACCAGUCCUGGAUAUCAAAAAUGUGGAGUAGACAGGCUUCUUUCUUCAAUCCUUCUGUCCAAGUACCAACGACCACCCCUUCCGGCGAGUUAACUGAGAUGUCCCAAGAUGGCUUAUAUUCCAACACUUUGAUGUCUAAUUCACACAAUGAUAGCUCCCAAGGAAGGCAUCCCUCUGGAUCAACUACAUCUCAAUCACAAAGAACGUACCCUAGUCUUAUUGUUGACUCUUGCAGGUGCUGCGGAACGAUGCUAAAAUACCCAGCAGGUAUUGGCAAGGUUCGUUGCCUAGUUUGUCAAACUCAUUUGACUAUCAACGAGGAUAUUGGAGAGCCCUGUGAAAGACCACAAGAGACAGCUUCUAGACCACUAUCUUACCCCUUUAUAAAAGACUUCAUAAACCAGUGUUCCACUAAGAGAAAUUCUGCCGGAGAUGAUCACAAUCCACACAGAGUAUUCAAACCUUUGGAAGACAUGCUGUAUGAAGCUUUUUCAUCUUUCUCCAUUAUUAAUCACUCAUUUCGGCUGUCUAGUUUGGCACCACCGAGUUACCGUUCCCCAAACUUGAACUUCAACGAAGCAAAAAAAUCAUUUGCCUUACUGUUGAGCCUACCCACAAAACGUCCGUUUUACAAGCUUUUACUAGGUGCCCUAUAUUUGCUUAAGCAUCCACCUCCAAUGAGGAAUCCUGCUGACAUUAGCUGGCUAUUGAUCUUGCUAGAGAUUCCCAUUUUACCUGAUUGCCUGAUAAGUGGCAUCGAUUCCUGUACAGACGGUCUUGCGCCUGAUUUGAAGGCAUCUUGCUAUGAUGUUCUUAAACGUGUUAUUGGACUGCUUUCUUAUUCAGAGAGAAAGAUUACGAGUCGCCUUACUUAUUGGUGGUCUAGAUUGCCACACGAUGAAUUCGUGAAAAAGAUUGACUUUAUCAAUUUGUACAUCACGUUUCAGCUGACAAGGUGCAUUAACUAUGAGCUGUAUAACUCUCUUAUACAGCCUGGCUCUUAUUUAAAUGUUUCCAUGAGCGACGAUAUCAACUUCAAGGAAAACCUUAAUGCUCAUUUUAUCCGCCCGACCUCUAAAAGCUCUGAUUUUGGCUUGCUCAUUGGUCUGCCUGUUUACAUCUCAUCGGGAGGAAGACGUACCGAUAUUUCUUCGGGUUCGUCGUUCUGGUCGGGAAAAAAGGAGCCGAAAGAACACGAAGUGAAAAUCAGAUUACAGCAAUACGGGGGUGAUUGGCACUUGCGUACUGCCGGCAGAUUAGCAUCAUUUUUGUUUAUUGCAAACAAAAAGAAUAAGAAAGUCAGUGAUGCCGUGUUUUACAAUAAUCUUGUGGACUAUGUGAAUGUGAAGCAAGAUUUUGAUGCUUGGCAAUUCAAUGCUUCCACCAAAAAGCAUGAACAAAGUACCGCGAAUAAGGACUCUUUACAGUUAGUGGUUGACUAUCUGCAAGCUGAGACCAAGGCAAGUUACUUAGGACUUUCGAAUGCCAAUGGAACACUGAGAAAAUCUUCGUUCACUUUUUGCCAAUUUCCCUUCCUUUUAUCGUUAGCCGCUAAAAUAUCGAUUCUUGAACAUGAGGCCAAAAGAAUGAUGGAGCGAAAAGCAGAAGAAGCAUUCAUUCAAUCUCUCAACAAGAAAAUGCCUUUUGAUGUUUAUUUCAAGGUUCGCGUGAGGAGAAACUUUAUCACCCCUGACUCACUGCGGUGCAUUAAAUCACAUCAAACCGAUUUCAAAAAACUCCUGAGGGUAGAGUUUGUUGAUGAACCUGGGAUUGAUGCAGGUGGGCUAAAAAAGGAAUGGUUCUUGUUGCUCACUAAGGACCUGUUUAAUGCGGACAAGGGAUUAUUUUCAUAUGAUGAAACAUCUGGAUUAUGUUGGUUUGCGAUUUCUCAUCUGGACAAUGACGAGCUGUAUUAUCUUGUUGGUGUUGUGCUUGGGUUGGCAAUAUACAACUCCACGAUCCUUGACCUUCAAUUGCCUAAAGCUCUUUACAAAAAACUGAUGGGACAAAAAGUCACCUUGAAUGAUUUCAUCCAACUGAAUCCAGACGUUGGGCACAAUUUCAAAAGAUUGUUGAAACUAGACGAUGUCAGUGACCUUGAGCUGUAUUUCACAGUUUCCUAUGCAGAUAUAUUCGGCGAUAUGCAUCACGAAGAUCUUAUUCGAGACGGAUCAUCCAUUAAGGUGACAAACGAAAACAAGUAUGAAUACGUCGAAAGAUAUUGCUCAUUUUUUCUAAACGAUAAAGUGAAAGCACCCUUCAAGUCAUUUUUGAACGGUUUUCAACACGUCAUUGGCGGAAAUGCUCUGUCUUUGUUUACUCCUGAGGAGAUCGAAUUGAUACUAAUCGGAGAAGACUAUCGAAACCAAAAAAUCGACAUUGAGAUUCUGAAGUCAGUGACCAAAUAUAAUGGGUUCUCCGAGACUGAUGCUGUUGUCAAAUGGUUUUGGGAUUAUUUUGAGCGCAAAAGUGCUGCUGAUCAACGCAAAAUACUACUUUUUAUUACAGGAUCGGAUCGGUUGCCGGCAACUGGACUGCCGUCUUUAACCUUUAAGAUCACGAAGCUUGUUGAUAGGGACCUAAAUCGGUUACCAAUCGCCCAUACAUGUUUCAAUGAGCUCUGUCUUUACGCCUAUCCCUCAGAGGAAAUAUUUGUUUCGAAGUUGGACAAAGCUAUUUGGUAUAGUGAAGGGUUCGGCUUGAGAUGA